GUUUCGGCUUUUACUCUACUUGAAAGAAGUCUCGCGAGAAACGCAUUAAAAUUUUCAUGAAUCUCAACAAUCUGCUUCUCAUGACAGAAACGGUGCUGAUGCGAAAAUAAUGUCAGAAACUUACGAUUUUCUAUUCAAAUUUUUAGUCAUUGGCAGUGCAGGAACAGGAAAAUCCUGCAUUCUUCAUCAAUUUAUAGAAAAUAAAUUCAAGAAAGAUUCUAACCACACGAUUGGGGUAGAGUUUGGUAGCAAGGUUGUGAAUGUCGGAGGAAAGUCAGUCAAACUUCAGAUCUGGGACACAGCUGGCCAGGAACGAUUUCGUUCAGUGACCAGGAGCUACUACAGGGGGGCUGCAGGAGCCCUGCUUGUCUAUGACAUCACAAGUCGAGAGACCUACAAUGCCUUGACAAACUGGCUGACAGACGCGCGGACCUUGGCCAGUCCAAAUAUCGUCAUCGUGUUAGUGGGCAACAAGAAGGAUCUGGAACAGGAGAGGGAGGUCACCUUCCUUGAGGCCAGCAGAUUCGCCCAGGAAAACGAACUCAUGUUUUUGGAAACAAGUGCCCUGACCGGAGAAAAUGUGGAAGAAACUUUCCUUAAGUGUGCAAGGUCCAUCUUGACAAAAAUAGAAUCAGGAGAGUUAGACCCGGAACGGAUGGGAUCAGGAAUACAGUAUGGAGACACCUCAAUCCGAAGGAUGCCAAAAGAGUCGCUGGGAUCCAGCAGCAAGAGACCAGACUGCGCAUGCUAGCCGAGAGCUCCCUCCGUUUUCUAACGAGAUCUGACAUUUUUUCUUGCACACAUGUAGCUCCGUACCAACCCAUAAGUCAUAUCAAUGCCUGUGUAGCAAUUCAUCACCAGAAGCCUCUGUAAUUCUUGUUCAAACAUUCAUGUUGCUAACAGCGACAUUUAUAGUACUUGGAUUUCUAAAUCGGUGUAGCAUGGCAUUCUUAUGAUUUGUGCUACAAAUAUAUACAUUUGUAUUCUCAAACAUGUACUUGUGUGCUUUAUAAGUUAAAGUGCAACAAAUAAGGUGAUAUUAGAAUUAUUUAUGAUGAAAGUACAUGUACAUGAUUGUUGCUGGAAUAUUGUCCAAUGUUUCCUCCUCUUCUUCUUCUUCUUCCCUUGUUAUUAGAUAUUCAGUGAAUCAUGUAGAAAACAUCAUUCAUGACUAAAAACAAAACUCCCUAGAAAAUUAUAUGCAAUUUAAUUUUGAUGUUGUUUUUAAAAAGAGUUUGGUUGGAAGGAAAGACUUUUUUUUUAUGUAAUACACUGAUUGUGAAGUCAGACUUUGUAAAAAAUAGUUUUGCUGUUAGUGUACAACACAUUGUUUUAGUUUAUUAAUUUCCAGUAGUUAAAUAGCUACAAUGUAUUUAUAGUUGAAUCUGCUGAGUUAUAUACCAGAUUUUGCUGUGUGUCUACUAUCUGCCAUUUUUCUGAACAGGUUCAACAGGCACUUUGAAUUUCUUUAUAAGGAUUUGGUUUUCAUUUAGAGUAAUAAUUAUAAUUAGAUCUAUAUAUGUUUCUGUUCAAUUUAGAUAACAACCCAAAACUCAUGAAAAAUUCAGUGUAUUACAAUUUUGAUUAUGGGGUGGGGGGGGGGGGGGAUUUUUAGUGUGAAUUGGUAAUGGUUUGACCUUCCUUUUCAGAGUAAAAAUUAGUGCAGAAAAAACAGAUUGUAGCAAUGCUUCAGUACAUUUACCUAUUUAUCAUGCUUUUGUUUCCUUUGUUUAACAUUUUAUUGUUUACUUUAAAAUUUAUUUAUUUUUAUUUAUUUUUGCAAUGCAUGUGUACAGGUUUAUUGAAUUUGUAUCCUUGUAUAUCUUUCAAAGGACUAUAAAUUUAGUUUUUUUUAUACAUUCUGAAAUGAUUCCAAACAUUACAUAGAAUUACAUAUUAUAACAUGA